CUCUACGCUGACGUCACCAAUUAUGAACUUUUGAUUAAAAAGUGAAUAAUUGUAUAAGAAACCAAUGAACUUCCGGCCACAUAAGAUUUGUAGAGCAACAUGCUUAUGAAGUGUUGAGCUUUGCUCUGGUAUAUCAUAAUAUUUCUUUGUUUCAGUAAUUCUCCAACGCAGGGCUCGGCUUAUUUCAAGGCAUUGGUAACUAUUCAAAUAAUAUUGACGUAGUCGUUAGGGAUCUGGUAAACCCUUUUAUUGUUUAGUCAUCGCUGUGAAUGUGAGAGGAAAGAGUAAAAAGACAGCAAGUUAUGAGUUACAUUGUAAGUGAUAGAAAGAAAGAGAGAGAGGGAGAGGGGGCAAGAGAAAGUGAGAAUAAACGAGAGGAGAGAGACACAGAAAGAAAGAGAGAGGGAGAGGGGGCAAGAGAAAGUGAGAAUAAACGAGAAAAGGGAGAGACAAAAAGCGAGAGAGGGGGACAAGAGAAAAAGAGAGAGAGAGGGCGAAAGAGAGAAGGAAGAGAAAGAAAGAAAAAGAGAGAAAGAAUGGAGAGAAAGAAAGAAAGAGAGAGAGAGAACGAGAAAAGGGAGAGAAAAGAGAAAGAAAGAUGACGAUGACAUGGCCUGGUUCAGUGGUCGUCAGCCUGCGGCCUGGGAGCUGCACGCGGGAUGUUUUGAAAAAAUAGAUGCGGCUGCAACACUAUUUUCUUAGCAUGUAUAAUUUAUAACUGGAAAAAGAUUUCCUAGCCCUGGCCUAGUUACAUCUUAUAACACGUUUACAUUUGGAUGUGGGUGCUUGGGGGGGGGGGGGAGAAAUAAAAAGAAACCAAUCAAAAAAAGUAUCAUACAUUAAUUAAUUAGCCCUGGCCUAGUUACAUCUUAUAACACGUUUACAUUUGGAUGUGGGUGCUUGGGGGGGGGGGGAGAAAUAAAAAGAAACCAAUCAAACAAAGUAUCAUACAUUAAUUAAUAUUGUACAUUUCAGCUGCUUGUUAGCUUGUGGGUAAACUAGUGACACACACACCAUGUUAUACAGAGCUGAGGAAUUUUCCAUUACGAGGAGCUUGACAAUGCUACUGAUAUAUUUGGUGUUACUUUUAGGUAGGUUAAAUUUCAGUAGCAAUUUGUUGCAUUACAACAGUCUGAAUCGCUGUGCGUGACAUGUUCAAUGUCUUCUGGGUAAUUUAGUCUGAAUCAUUGUGUGUGACAUGUUCAAUGUCUUCUGGGUAAUUUAGUCUGAAUCAUUGUGUGUGGCAUGUUCAAUGUCUUCUGGGUAACUAAGUUUGAAUUGUGUGACACGUUCCAUGUAUUUUGUGUUGCUCCAUUCGUACAAAUUAUUUGACAGUCUAUUUAAAAAUAAAAUAAAUAAAUGACAAUAUUAUUGAAAACUCCGGUUACCUUAACUCAAAUUCUAUGAAAGUAGCGGCAUCAACAUUAAAUGAUGGUGUUGGGCAACUGAUUGAAUGCCCCUUGUUGAUAAACGAAGAUGUGACCGAGUCUUUUUCUAAAUCAGUUUCAUACAUUGAAUCACUUGAUCUUAAAUUUUGAAUUUGUUUGGCUGAAAAAAAAAACCCCAGCAACCCCACAUAUCCUAUCAUUUCAUGUUGAAUAGUAUUUCUGAAGAGAUGACGUAUCUCAGGCGUAUCCCACAAAUCCAUUUCUAGGACUAGGUCCACUGGUCCAGCCUCAAAUAAUCGGCGACAGGGCCAAACUGUUCCGCAUCCUGGUACCGAUGCAAGGGCGGCGCUGCCCUGGGGGCGUCAUCGCCAAGUCAGACAGCAUCUAUCUCACCGGCAUGAUCAACAUAAGCGGCAUUAACACAGACCUGUCUUAUGCGUUCAUGUCUUUGAAUGUCUACCGGAAGCAGGGCGAUGAGUUCUACUUUUUCGAGGUAUUUACCGAGUCCGCAUUGGUGUUAAUAAUUUCACGAGGCAUUCGCCGUGAUGACACGGUGCUAAGCUUUCAUAAAGCAUUCGUCGUGAUAACACGGUGCUAAGCUUUCAUGAGGCAUUCACCGUGAUAACACGGUGCUAAGCUUUCAUGAGGCAGUUACCUGGACAACACGGUUCUAAGCAUUCAUGAGGCAUUCACCGUGAAAACACGGUUCUAAGCUUUCAUGAGACAUUUACCUGGACGAUACGGUGCUAAGCUUUCAUGAGGCGUUCGCUGUGACGACACGGUGCUAAGCUUACAUGAGCAUUCGCCGUGACAAAACGGUGCUAAGCUUACAUGAGGCAUUCGAAAUGACAACAGGAUGCUAAGCUUUCAUGAGGCAUUCGCCGUGACGAAACGGUGCUAAGCUCACAUGAGGCAUUCGAAAUGACAACACGGUGCUAAGCUUUCAUGAGGCAUUCACCGUGACGUCGUGGUGCUAAGCUUUCAUGAGGCAUUCGCCGUGACAAAUGGUGCUAAGCUUUCAUGAGGCAUUCACCGUGACAAAUGGUGCUAAGCUUUCAUGAGGCAUUCACAGUGACGUCAUGGUGCUAAAGCUUUCAUGAGGCAGUUCCCGGGACCACGCGUUGCUAAUAUUUUGUGAGAGAUUGGUGGUGCCGACAUUUGUGUUCUAAUAGCUGUGAUUAAGUCUUUGGUUAUUGUUCUUUCACUCCAACAACGACUUCCAAAGAUAAGUCACGUAGGUAAGAUGAGGCGCCCCCCACGGGGGGCUGUUCUGGAAUUUACCGGACACUUAUUACAUAACAAUACAACAAACUGAAUUAGGCCAAAAGGAAUCGGGAGACGGCCUUUCUUACUGUCACUAAGGCUUAAAUUGUUCUAUCUUUUGUCGGUGGAUAUAAGGGAGAUAGAGAGAGAAAUAACAAGAGAGAAGGGUAGUGUAAAGAACUGAUACUGCUUUUAGAGGCUGUAAAGCAGAGGUUCUCAAACUGUGGGUGGCGACUCCUUUGGGGGUCGAAUGACGCUUACUGAGAGGUUGCCUAAGACCAUCGGAAAACACGUGUUUACUUUAUGAAGUCACAACGAAGCUAAUUUUAGGUUUGUUUUUCGGGGGGUGGGGGAGGCAUAACAACACAAUGAACUCUAUUAAAGGGUCACGGCAUUAGGAAGUUUGAGAGCCACGGAUGUAAAAUGUUACAGUGGAGAAGAAUAUGGGACAGUGAAGGACAAUGGGGGCAGUGAAGGACAAUGGGGGCAGUGAAGGACAAUGGGGGCAGUGAAGGACAAUGGGGGCAGUGAAGGACAAUGGGGGCAGUGAAGGACAAUGAGUGACAGUGGGAGGCAAUGAGGUACGGUGUAGUGAAGGACAAUGGGGGCAGUGAAGGACAAUGGGGGCAGUGAAGGACAAUGGGGGCAGUGAAGGACAAUGGGGGCAGUGAAGGACAAUGGGGGCAGUGAAGGACAAUGAGUUACAGUGGGAGGCAAUGAGGUACGGUGGAGGACAAUGGGGUACAGUGGAGGAAAAUGGAAUACAGUGGAGGUCAAUGAGGAACAGUGGGGGACAAUGGGGUACAGUGAAAGACAACGGGGUACAGUGGAGGACAAUAGGGUACAGUGGAUGGCGAUGGGGUAUGUGGAAGGCUCUGGUGAAGAGGGGGGUGGGGUAGAACUGGGAGGACAAUGGGCGAUUUGCUCUGGUGAAGAGAGGGUGGCAUGGAACUGAAAGGGCAAUGGGCAAGGUGCUCUGGUGAAGAGGGGGGGGGGUAGAACUGGGAGGACAAUGAACUAGUUGCUCUGGUGAAGAGAGGGUGGGAUGGAACUGAAAAGGCAAUGGGCAAGUUACUCUGGUGAAGAGGGCGGUGGGAUUCUAUAGGGAAAAAUUCCCCAUUAUUUUUUUCUUCCCACAGAUCAUAUGCUCUGUAAACUUCAACGAGGGCUGCAACCCGUGGUACCGCAGAAACUGCUACUGCAUGAGCUUCAAGUCUAAUGUGCUGGAGAUGAUUUUCAACGUAACCGUAGAGAUGGAGUACCAGUCUAUGCAUCUCUUCCUUCUCUUCAUGCGUGACGUAGACGGGGAAUUCAUUGAGCAGAGCAACCCCCAGCCCUUACCAAAUAUUUACAGUAAGUACCGCUACUUUGUCGAGAAGCCCCCAUCCCUAACCGAAUAUUUACUGUAAGUACCGCUACUUUGUCGAACAGCCCCCAGCCCUCACCGAAUAUUUACACUAAGUACCAUUACUUUGUCGAGCAGCACCCAGCCCUUAUCGAAUAUUUACAGUAAGUUCCGCUACUUUGUCGAGCAGCCUUACAGCAUUGUCUUGCAAUAAAAUUAAGUAAGGACGUUGUGUGCAGCAUUGAGAUAAUAAAAUAUUAUAUUUUUGUAGUGAUUACGGUAACUUUGGUGUGCAGCAUGCAGCAAUUUUUAUAUAUUUUUAUAGUGUGUACAGUAAAUUUGGUGUGCAGCAUACAGAUAAUAAUAUAUUUUUUUUUAUAUUUAAUACGGUAACUUUGGUGUGCAGCAUGCAGAAAAUAAUAUUUUUUUAUAUUUAAUACGGUAACAUUGGUGUAAAGCAUGUAUAAAAUGUUAUGUUUUUAUAGUGUGUACGGUAACGUUGGUGUAAAAUGGUCAAGAAUGAGAGCAAACAUCAGUGGUUGGAAUGCGCCUUAUGAAAUAAACAAAAGCGGCUCUUUGAAUCCUUAAACAUUUAAUUACAAAGUGUGUUUAAUUAAAUUAAUGUUAUUUUUUUUUUUUAAAAAUGAAGUUUCUAAACGUGAGGUAUGAGAACAAAAAAAAACCAAACAAACAAAAAACUCCAGGUGUCAUGUACAGACUUGCGCUGUCAAAUCCUUACGUGCCCGGGGCUCUCUAAAGUUUUUUCUCUUCACCCUUAAAGGGUCGCCCAUACGUUGUACGUGCACGAUAAGCAGGUUAUAUUGGGUAUGCGACUUUCAGAAAAGAGCAAUGUUUCUAUUCAAGAAUGUUUUUUUUUUCAAAAAGAAGAUAUUUCAAAGUUAACCGUUUUUUAGCUCUACGGGUGAACGUGAUGUGUGGAAGAAACAUUGGAGGUCAAUUGUUUCUUAUUGCCUCAAUUCUAAUGGUUUUAUUACAUUCUGACGUUUAAAAUAAGUAUAAAGACAACAAAAGCAAACACCCCAACAACCCAUCACCCCAACAACCCAUCACCCCAACAACCCAUCACCCCAAACAACCCAUCACCCCAACAACCCAUCACCCCAAAAACCCAUCACCCCAAACAACCCAUCACCCCAACAACCCAUCACCCCAACAACCCAUCACCCCUCCUCCCACUGUCAUAACCCCACCACUAGCACUUAGCUUGUCUUUACCCCCCUCCCACUGUCAUAACCCCAACAAACCAUCACCCCAACAACCCAUCACCCCAACAACCUUCACCCCAACAACCCAUCACCCCAACAACCCAUCACCCCCAACAACCCAUCACCCCAAAAAGCCAUCAUCCCUGACACAUGAUCAUGCCAACAACCGGUCGUUCCAAAACCUAUAUUGUCAGCAAACUAUCAUUCCAAUAUCUCACCAUUCCAACAUCUCAUCCUUCCAGCAACCCAUCACUGCAGCAACCCAUCACUUCAGCAACCCAUCACUUCAGCAACCCAUCACUUCAGCAAUCCAUCACUUCAGCAAUCCAUCACUUCAGCAAUCCAUCACUUCAGCAACCCAUUACUUCAGCAAUCCAUCACUUCAGCAACCCAUCACUUCAGCAACCCAUCACGUCAGCAACCCAUCAUUUCAGCAACGUAUCACUCCAAAAACUUAUUAUUCCGAUAACCCAUCAUUGCAAACAACCUAUAUCAUUCCAUCAAGCCUAUAUUCCAACAACCUAUCAUUCUGACAACCCAUUAUCUCAGCAACCUAUCAUUUCAACAUAUCAUCAUUCCGACAACCUAUCAUUCCAACAACCUAUCAUUUGGGCAGCCUAUCAUCCCAACAACAUAUCAUUUCAGGAACCUAUCAUUUCAACAUAUCAUCAUUCCAACAUCCUAUCAUUCCAACAACCAAAUCAUUUCGGCAACCUAUCAUCCCAACAACCUAUCAUCCCAACAACCUAUCAUCCCAACAACAUAUCCUUUCAACAACUUAUCAUUUCAAUAUAUCAUCAUUCCAACAACCUAUCAUCCAACUACCUAUCAUCCUAACAACCUAUCAUCCCAACAACCUAUCAUUCCAAAAACCUAUCAUUUCAACAUCUCAUCAUUCCAACAUUCUUUUAUUCCAUCAUCCCAUAUGUCAGCAACUUAUAAUUCCAACAACCUAUCAUUUCAACAUCUCUUUAUUCCAACAACCUUUUAUUCCAUGAGCCCAUAUGUCAGCAACUUAUAACUCAAACAACUUACCAUUUCAACAUCUCUUCAUUUCCAACAAAUUAUCAUUCAAAUAACCCAUUAUUGUAACAAACUAUCAUUCCAAAAACCUAUCAUUUCAACAUCUUAUCAUUCCUACAACGUAUCAUUCCAAUAACCGAUUAUUGCAACAACCUAUCAUUCCAACCACCAUACAUUCCACGAACCUAUUACUCCAACAACCAGACAUUCCAAGAACCUAUUAUUCGGACAGCUGGUCCAAUCAAUCAUAGCGAUUUAAUCUCACAUCACCGAAAUACACUCACAAAGGGGUGAAAAGCGUUUUUUUAAAAAAAUCAGCCACCCAAGGUGGAAGACACAAGCUAAAACUGUCCGUGCUCUCUUGACCCAAUGCUUAGAGCGCAGACAAUAAACACAUGUGGGUUUUCAUACGUAAAUAGUGGAAAAUUAUGUUAGCUGGUUAUACAUAAACAGGGCCGUGACGAAGGAAGCGGACUUGGGGGGAGGGGGGUGAAACCUGAUAAUGACGCCCACCAAUAUUAACGCCGACCGAGGUGGACAAAUGAAAAAAGGCGAAUUAGCAACCCUUUGUCUUUUUGAACUCCAUGGGAUUAUAGCGUUUCAUUCACUAUAAGUAUCCCAUCUAGAUGCUAUUUUUGGGCCAAACUAAUGUUGGCGCCCGGGGUGAGUGACAUCUUCGCCACCCUCACCCUUUUCUUACGGCACUGUACAAAGCUACCACGGUUUACGAGAGAAAUCUUCACUAGGACAAACGGCAUGUCAGGUACCAAAGUGUUGAAUAGUGUUGUUCCAACCAAUUGUUCCUCAUCCCCAGGUGACGCCCGUUGUGUAAUGACCAAAAAGUCUCGAUCUAAAGGUAAUACGAUAACUUGACUAUGGAAGGUGUUGUACAAAUUAUUUAUUGAAAUAGGUAACGCAGUGAAGGCCGCUUGGUCAACAAUUUUAGCAUUUUUUUGUGUGCCUCUUAAUGAGCAGCCGUUAGGCCUACAUAUGUAAUUAAAGUGCUGUUACGUACCGUAGUAAGAUUGGAGAAUUUAAUCUGUUAUUUAAUUAAGUGGCUCUAUGACUAAAAAUACGCAUCAAAAUACGAUACCAUAAACUAAAUACAAUAACAAAGGAACGAUACCUUAAAUAGGGCUAAUUUAAUUUAAUAAUUUCAUCAAUGAAAUAAUGAAUUACAAAAUCAAAAAGACAUGCAAAAUUAAAGCAGCUAUUGACUUACAGUAUAAUGAUUGGCUUGUACCGGUACAAGGUUGAAGAAGAUACAAUAAUGUUAAAAGGUACAAAGAUGAAAAAGAAUCUACACAUACACACAGCAAAUGUUAGUAACCUCUGUCUUGUAAGCAAAGCUCUAUAGUAAUAGCAAUCGCUCGGACUUUCUCUCGUGUCCCUCUGCUGUUUUAUAGAUAGUUCUCGAAAGGUCUUACACAUUGCAUUCCUUUCUAGAUAUUUGUACAUAAUUCUAAUUAUACAGAAUAUAGAGUUUAUUUAGUUGUAAAAAAAACGUAAAGAGAGGCUAUUUUUAGCUAGCCCCACCCUAAAUGCGGUUCCGAUCUUUGGGUCAGCUUGAGUUCAUUCACGGGGAAAAGAUGACGCAAAAACAUAUCGUCUGCACAACAGUGCGCCACAGCAUUGUGUCUAGCAAAUAACCAGCCAUUGGUGCGUUUUUCAAGUGUGUAACGUUUUUUCGGUUCAAAUGUAUGUGUAGGUUACCAUCAUUUCUCCAACUUAAUUUUUUUUUUUAAAAUUUCGUCAUAACGAAUGUACAAUAAAUAAACUUUAUGAUAAUUAUAUGUUAAUUAUAUGUUGGCUAUACGUUAACUGUAAAUAUUUUCAAAAAGAUUUUGUCAAUCAUAACACUAUGCCAGGCACAAACCCCCCACCCCCCCAAAAAAAAAAACACAAAAAAACAACCAACAACAACAACAAAACAACAACAACAACAACAAACCACACGAUAUUUUCCCAUGCCACCACAUGUGAAUUUAGACACCAACUUCUACGUUGAAAACGCUAAUCCUCAAUUUAUGACCCCAUUUAUGUUUACGUUUUCUUCCAGGCCAUGGCAUCAGAGCCGGCACAAUGAUCUUGCUUGGUGAGUUUGUGUUAACCAGUCUUGUGUUUUCUACCUGACAAACAUUAGACCACACGUGCGCAGCUGUCACCAAAAGAUCAUCCACAGGCGUUGGUGCCCCCGUCCCCCAUCGCUAAACUAUUUAAUUAUGGAGUUCGCCCAAAGCUCUCUACGUCAUGGAGAUGGUAGGGUGCCGCUAUGCCGGGCAGGUGGGUUAAACCACAAUGCAAAAUGUUAUCAUCUUGCUUCAUAAAUAGCUUACUGAAUAUCUCACGAGCUUGUCCUGAGUACUCAAGAUCUUUUCUUGAUAUCUGGUGACUUUUUCCUGAUAUCUGGUGACCUUUUCCUGAUAUCUGGUGACCUUUUCCUGAUAUCUGGUGACUUUUUCCUGAUAUCUGGUGACCUUUUCCUGAUAUCUGGUGACUUUUUCCUGAUAUCUGGUGACCUUUUCCUGAUAUCUGGUGACCUUUUCUUGAUAUCUUGUGAUCUUGUACUGAUUACUCGAGAUCUUUUCCUGAUAUCUGGUGACCGUUUCCUGAUAUCUGGUGACCUUUUCCUGAUAUCUGGUGACCUUUUCCUGAUAUCUGGUGACCUUUUCUUGAUAUCUGGUGACCUUGUACUGAUUACUCGAGAUCGUUUCCUGAUAUAUAUUGACGUUUUCUUGAUAUCUGUAGACCUUUUCCUGAUAUCUGGUGACCUUUUCUUGAUAUCUCGUGAUCUUGUACUGAUCUCUCGGAAUCUUGUCCUUAAAUCUUGUGACUUUGUCCUGAUAUCUCGUGACCUUGCCUUGAUAUCUCGUGACCUUGCCCUGAUCACUCGAGAUUUUGCGCGGAUCUCUCAGGAUAAUGUUCAGAUCUCUGCCCUGAUCUCUGGGUAUCUUGACAUGAACUCUGAGGAGCAUGUCCUGAUCCCUGGGAUCUAGUCCGGCUCACUUGGGUUCUUGUCCUGAACCCUAGGGAUCUAGCCCGGCUCACUUGGGAUCUUGUCCUCAUCCCUGGGUAUCUAGCCCGGCUCACUUGGGAUCUUGUCCUGAUCCCUGGGAUCUAGUCCGGCUCACUUGGGUUCUUGUCCUGAUCCCUAGGGAUCUAGCCCGGCUCACUUGGAAUCUUGUCCUGAUCCCUGGGUAUCUAGCCCGGCUCACUUGGGAUCCUGUCCUGAUCCCUAGGGAUCUAGCCCGGCUCUCUUAGGAUCUUGCCCUGAUCCUUUGGGUUCCUGUCCUCAUCCCUGGGUAUCUAGCCCGGCUCACUUGGGAUCUUGUCCUGAUCCCUGGGAUCUAGUCCGGCUCACUUGGGUUCUUGUCCUGAUCCCUAGGGAUCUAGCCCGGCUCACUUGGGAUCUUGUCCUGAUCCCUGGGUAUCUAGCCCGGCUCACUUGGGAUCCUGUCCUGAUCCCUAGGGAUCUAGCCCGGCUCACUUAGGAUCUUGUCCUGAUCCCUGGGGAUCUUGUCCGGUUCUCUCGGAAUCUUGUACUGAUCUCGGGAAUUCUUAUCCUGAUCUCUCGUGAUCCGACGUGAUCCCUCAUUGUAUUUUCUCUUGAUUCUACCCUGGAAACCGUAUCUCGAUUCAAACCUUGGUGUUUGUACUUAAGAGCAUUAACACGGCCUCUGCUUGCAGUGAGACUACUUGAUUAAGACGUAUUAAAACUUCUUUAUAAUGCAGACUUUGAUAUACAGACGUCGGUAUGAAAACUUCGGAAUACAGUAUUCGAUAUUCAGACUUUAAUAUACAGACUUGGGUAUACAGAUUUUAAUACAAAGUCUACAUACUUUGGUUGGUAUGCAUACUUCAGUCCGUAGACAUUGCAACGAUGGCUUUUAUGUAAAGAUGUACGUGAAUUUUAUAUAUCUUCAAAAUCUUUCACAGGAUCCGUCUUGCUGACUAGUGCCAUGAUUGCCACCAAGGGUGUCUGCGGCUGACCAAACACCUUCUCGAAAUCUAAAUCAAAGAACGAAACACCAUUAUGUAAACAAAUUUUAAAAAUGUUCUAGAGAAUGAAUGUGUCGGAUAAGAUAUGUGUUCGGAAAGACAUGUUCUUGAGAAGAUAAUUUUUGGCUAAGACAGGUAUUAGGGUAUUGGGAAAUACAGGCUCUAGAGAAGGUGCUUGUUUGCGUAAGGUAGCUGUUGGGGUUUUAGAAAAGACAUGCUCUAGAGGAGGUGCAUCAUUGACGUGUGUCGUAGUAUCAGCAUGUUAUGCUGUAGAAAAAAAAAACGUUUUGAGAAAGAUAAGCAUUGCAGAGGAUUGGUGUACGAAAAGAAGAUUUGUUUUAUGAUGGCAUAUCGUGACAUCGAACGAAACGAAGGAUCUUUAUAACAUACUUCACUUGUUUGGUUGAAUAGAUUGUCCAUUAAAACCACGAGAAAUAAAGAAUCUCUAUAACAUACUUCACUUGUUUGGUUGAAUAGAUUGUCCCUUAAAACCACGAGAAACAAAGAAUCUCUACAACAUACUUCACUUGUUUGGUUGAAUAGAUUGUCCAUAAAAAACCACGAGAAAUAAAGAAUCUCUACAACAUACUUCACUUGUUUGGUUGAAUAGAUUGUCCAUUAAAACCACGAGAAAUAAAGAAUCUCUAC